AUGGCUUCCUUUCAUUUUCAGGUUCAUCUGAAUCAUCUCUUGCUCAUAAUCCUGCUCCUAACUCUUGUGAAAAAACCAUCAUUCAGUGUCAGACCGGACGAUCCUACUUUUCAGUUGAUCAUCAAAAUUUGUGACCAAAUUCCAGAAACGCUGUUCUGUAUAGACGUCUUAAAACAAAAUCUAUCUAGUCCAUCAACAGAUGCUCGAACUUUUGCUGAAAUAUCGAUCAAUCAAGUACUGACAAACGUUACCAAUACUUUAAGUGCUGUAAAAGAAGCAAAAUCUCAUGCAAGUAAGGAGGUUGCAGACCUUCUUACAAUUUGUGAAGAGGGUUAUACCGAAGUAUCUUCUUCGUACAAUGAUGCAUUGCGGGCACUUGCCAUCAAUGAUAGUUCUUCUGUGUUCUUGGAUGAAGAACAGUCCGAAAGGCCUAUAAAUGACUGCACAAAUAUCAUUAAUCCUGUGCUGCCUCAGUUUGAAAAAUAUAACGCCCAAAAUAUAGCACUUCAGAGGAUCUCAGUUGCUGCUGCUGCUAUAUAUUUCCAGCGACCACCUAGUCUUGGGGCCUGCAAAAGUUGA